UGCGAUUGUCAAUCGAAACAGGUCGUUCACUUGUCCCACGUCUAUCAUUUGUUACAUAUGGCUUUCGAACUGAAAACGGCGCAUUCUGGGGAUGGCACCAAGAUUGCGUACUACCAGAUCGGCGAGGGCCCAGGGAUCAUAAUCCUGCAUGGAGCGAUGCAGCACGGCCUCAGUCACAUGGACCUCGCAAAAGCCCUGUCGGAUAGCUUCACUUGCUACCUCCCUGAUCGGCGAGGACGUGGGAAGUCCGGCCCAACCGGCAAGAACUACUCGGUCCAAAAAGAAGUGGAAGACGUUGAAGCUAUUCACCUCGCGACUGGCGCAAAAUUCCUCUUUGGCGUCAGCUCGGGGGCACUGAUCACUCUGAGAGCGGCGCUGGCAGCACCUCCAUCGCACAUACGGCGAAUUGCGGUGUUUGAACCGCCCUGGCGGCCCGAGUCGGAUCGAGAGGAAAUGAUGGCGUGGGCACAGAGAUACGAAGCCGAGAUCCAACGCGGUGAGCUUGCAAAAGCUGCCGUCACUGCUAUGCUCGGAGCGGAGAUGGGUCCAGCUUUCUUCCGUUCGAAAUACUUCCCACAAGGUGUUCUGGUGCUCCUGACGAGGGUGUUGAUGGCAUUGGACCAAACAGGCAACAAACCCAAUAAGGAAUCGUGCGCUGGCGAACACGCGCGACCAUCGUUCAAGGACCUGGUCCCAACAGUCCACAACGACAUUGAAAUUGCGAUGUCUAUGCUGGGAGACGAAACCCUUCAGAAGCUGGCGGCGAUCCAGACAGAGACGCUUAUCUUGGGUGGAAGUCGGAGCCAGGCGUAUCUGAAGAAUUCGGUUCACGAGCUUGAAAAGAUCCUCCCCAACGCAGCGCGCGUCGAGUUCGAAGGUCUCGACCACGGCGGGACGUUCAACAAAGCGCAACAUGGCAGCCCGGAAGUGUUCGCAACAGAGCUCCGUCGGUUCUUUUCUCAAGGCAAUGGCAGCGACAAGGCGCAAGAACACGUCUCACCUACAUGAGCAGUCUCCAUUUCAUGGUAUUGCCUAGUAUGCACCAGGAACCGAGGCUCGGUAGCGGAAGAUUGCCACUUUUGCUCGCUGGAAAAGUGACGGCCUCUUUCUCGCUCAUUGCACACGGCCAUUUGGAGAAGUCGGAUUUGGAUGGCGUCACGGCUUAUUCUGCUUUUUGGGAGAGUGAGCGUUAUGGAAAGAUCGGUGCUGAUGGCUCUGAGGAAGCAUAAUAGUCAGGUUGCUAUAAGAUUGAAAAGAUAGCCCCCUACGCCUGCUGCAGAGGCGUUCGAAUGGAGUGGUUCAUGG